AUGAAACCACACCCCUUCCCUCUCUCCCUAAACAUCGGCACCGAUAUCGUCCACCUCCCCCGCAUCGCCCGCCUCGUCUCCCGCCCGAACGGCUACCUCACCCGCUUCACCCGCCGCAUCCUAAGCGACCAAGAACAGGCCGAUUUCCGAAAACGAUUUAACCUACCCCCCGGUGAAGAUGUGCCACUGGAAUCGCGGUUCGCAGGCCCAACAUCCUCACUAAGCACAGAAAUGGCGCGCUGGCUAGCCGGUCGAUUUGCCGCGAAAGAAGCCGCUAGAAAAGCUGCGCCGGGGGGCGCGGCGAGUGUGGGGUGGAAGGAUGUUAUUAUGCGCAGGGAGAGGGGGAGUGGGAGGCCGGGGAUUGUGUAUUUGGAUGCAAAUGGGGGGCCCGGGAGGAUGGGGAAGCUGUCGAUUUCGCAUGAUGGGGAGUAUGUUGUUGCGACGGUUUUGGCGGCGGGUUAG